CACCACCACCCCACCCCCCCUCCCCCCGCCGCCGCGCAUUUGCUGGUUUCGGCGAGGGCCGCUCCUCUGCACGCGUGGGUGGCGGCGCCCUCGCCGGCGUCGCGUCGCGCCGGCCCCCGAAUCUCCGGCGAGCCGCCCGCGCCCCAAGCCCGAGCCCGGUGAGGCCUACUGCUCUAGGUCUUCCUGCCACCCAGAGUUUUCGAUAUACUGGUUUUGAUAUGGAGUGAUUGGUGGAGCUGGUCGUCCGGAAGCUCUGCUGGUGAAUCCGAUGGGGAGCAAUGAUCCUAGCACGCCACCUAAGGCUUCGAAGCCACCAGAACAGGAGCAACCUCCGGCUACUACCUCUGGCACUACAGCUCCAGUUUACCCUGAAUGGCCCGGCUUUCAGGGCUACCCAGCGAUGCCACCACAUGGGUUUUUCCCCCCUCCUGUUGCUGCAGGCCAGGCUCAUCCAUACAUGUGGGGAGCUCAGCACAUGGUGCCACCUUACGGGACACCACCACCCCCCUAUAUGAUGUAUCCACCAGGAACAGUAUAUGCCCAUCCGACUGCUCCUGGUGUGCAUCCAUUUCAUUAUCAUAUGCAAACAAAUGGAAAUCUUGAACCUGCUGGAGCUCAGGGAGCUGCACCAGGUGCUGCAGAAACGAAUGGGAAAAAUGAGCCCGGCAAAACAUCUGGUCCAUCUGCCAAUGGGGUUACGUCCAACAGUGAAAGCGGAAGUGAUAGUGAAAGUGAAGGAAGUGAUGCCAAUUCUCAAAAUGAUUCACAUUCAAAGGAGAAUGAUGUAAAUGAAAAUGGCAGUGCUCAGAAUGGCGUAUCUCAUUCAUCAUCGCAUGGAACAUUUAAUAAACCCAUGCCGUUGGUUCCAGUACAAUCAGGUGCAGUGAUAGGAGUUGCUGGUCCUGCGACAAACUUGAACAUAGGGAUGGACUACUGGGGUGCAACUGGCUCUUCACCUGUUCCUGCAAUGCGCGGCAAAGCACCGUCUGGUUCAGCUCGAGGAGAGCAAUGGGAUGAAAGGGAGCUUAAGAAGCAGAAGAGGAAGCUGUCCAACCGGGAAUCAGCACGCAGGUCCCGGCUGCGCAAGCAGGCCGAGUGUGAAGAGCUGGGGCAGCGCGCUGAGGCUUUGAAGUCAGAGAACUCGUCCCUCAGGAUCGAGCUCGACCGGAUCAAAAAGGAGUACGAGGAGCUCCUUUCGAAGAACACAUCUCUGAAGAGGGAGCUGGAGCGUACCUUGAAGCAGAUGAAUGACUUGAAAAACGAGCACAUUGAGCUGAAGAAAGGCAUGAAAGAGAAAGACCUUGAAAUCGAGGCCAAAGAAGCAGAGAUUCAUAAUCUUAAGAAGGCAAAUGUCAGAGAUAUUUCUAGUAAGGAGAUGGAUAUUGAUCAGCCUUGCCAUACCCCUGCAAAUGAGGCUUUGCAUGCCAGGGGUUCCUGUUGGACAUCCACAAAGAGAAUAUCUUUGGAGGAAAGCGGCCACCCUGAAUUAGAAAGGAACAAAUCUAAGGACAUUAAGACUAAAGGAGUCCAGACAGAUCUUCCACUGAACAGUGGACAUCUUGAGCGCAAGAAAGUAUUAAUGAAUAACAUCUCUAGCAAUCUAUGUGCAAUCUGGGGCAGGCCAGCUAACAGUAUGUUAGGGAGGAGUUUGAUCUCGAAGAUCCUUGCUUCUUGCUCAGAAGAAAUGUUGACACUUUUCCAAUCUGCGAGAUUACCAGACAAGUGUGAAACCUCUACUGAAGCGAGCUCCUCCAUGAAUAAUGCUGUUUCGGAAGUAUAUGAUAUUAUUGUCAAGAUGAAUAGUGACACCAUACCUAUACGGACGCUUCUUGAAGCAUUGCUAAAUCUGUGUGUUGUUGGUAAUGCUGUUGUUGUCGGUAGAGCGCUGCGGAUAUUGCAUAGCAUCUUGCAGAACUUGCUCACUCAUGGAACCAGGUCUAACCAAAGGAACAAUGUUUCUAUUGAGACGUAUGUUGACAAUAACAUGGAAAUGGAGGGGAACAAUCAAGAACACAGUUCUGCUUUGCUGAAUAUGCCUGACCCAGAGGAAGCUGGACUUCACAUUGGAAAUAUGUUAAUUCCUUCUACAUUCUGGACUCCAUUCUUCACUGGAGUGCUACAAAUUGCGCUAAAAUAUUUGGAAGAGGGUAUUCGUGUUGAUGCAUUAUCCAUAAUGAUUCUCAUUGUAAGGACUAGUGAUUCCAAAGGGGAGCGUGAAAAAUUUGGAUUUAUUUCUAUAAUGGAAAGCUUGCAUCAGUUGCUGCAGAAAGAGAAUGCAUUGCUCGUAAAGAAGCAUUCGGUGCAUCUACUUUUCUUGCUUUUGAACUGCCCUGUGAUGUUGAAGAUGCUUUGCAGUGGAGGUAAAGAUGGUUCUGAACUGAUGGAAACUGUUGGAUGUGAAAACGAACCACAACAAGCUAUAAACUCAGUUCUUAAGGACUUGUCUGAAUGUUUAACUUGUGAAGCAACGACUUCUCUGGAGCUCAAGCUUUGUCGGCUAGUUGUGAAUCUAUUAGCGUACAUAGCUUCUAGUGGCAAAUUGGGAUAUGAAGUGCUUCUAGGUUCAGUGACUGCCCACGGUGCUAGUUUUCUUGAGUUGACCAUGGAAGUCCUUGCUUCCAAGAUGGAAUGCAAAGUUGAUUUUUCAACCGAGGUGCAUGAGCUAUUGAAUGAAAGGUAUUUGCUGAUGAGAGAAGUUCUGAUCCUUCUAAACCGACUAGCCUCGCACGCCAUGUUUUCAAAGCCAACCCUGGAGGUGCUGAUGGGGAGCAAGCGGUGCGCGGGGUUGACAAUCGACAUCGCGAACCGGCUGCCCCAGAGGAGCAAGUACCCCUUGAGGAAGCUAAACCCUCAGAUGGCGAAUGAUCUCGCCGAUUUGGCCCAGAAGUUCCGUUCGCGGGUGUACGGUUUCCUGGAGGAGCAACAGCAUUCAACAGCUGAGCGUUGCGAUACAGGCGCCUUGGGCAAGCCUCCGAGAGUAACAAGAUAGCUGGGUGUGGACAACACUGUAACAUUUGAAUCAGCUGGGCAAGCGUCCGAGUUCCAAGAUUGGGUGUGGACAACACUGUAACAUUGGAAUCAGCUGGGUCAUAUAUAUCUCACUUAAGUUAGUAGAGAUCUCUUGUUUUGCGCUAACGUCAUAGGGUCUAGGCCUUCCUCUUUGGGUUGGCUGGUGUGAUGUACAGAGGCAAUGUAAGCCUGGCAAAACAAGGGAUCUGCCGAUUAGCAGAAUUGUCCCACAGUAGCUUGCAAA